UCUGGUUCCACGAGUACUUGCGGAUAAACCCUGAGGAUUCGAUUAGGUGGGUUGUCUUCGAAGUAUCACAAUUCGGAAACCCACUUGAUAGUUUAGAUGGAAUCAUUUUGGGUACGAGUGUGCUAAUUGUUCCGACGUCCACUUCUCCUGAAUCUGAGUUGAUUGCUCGGUGAGCGGUGCACCGAAUUGUUGAAAUCACCCUAAGGUUUAUCCAUUUUGAGGUUUCGAUUUUUGUCAAGGGAUGGCGCCCUUCAUGCUUGUGCGUCGCUCGCCGAUUCUCUUGCCGCUGAUUCCUUCAGUGCUUAAGUUGUGGCAAAUCUGCUCAGCUUCCCCUGUAUCAAGCCACUCGUUUCGGGUCCUUUCUGGAUUGAUUGUACGUGUUCCAAGGAAAUUCCCCGAGGUGAAUCAACGGUCGCCUCGUUUUCUUCGCACAACUGCGGCAGUUUUUGACAAGGACCAAUUAUCUGCUGGAGCAGCUGUAUAUACCAAGGAUGUAAGGCUUAGUAAUGAAAAUCAAGGUUCUGAUGAGGAAGAGCGGCAAACUAUAUCAGACAAUGAUACGAUAGCAGCUAUUGUCACUGCUAUGGGAGGACAGCAGGGAGCUGUUGCAAUCGUUCGUUUGUCUGGAAACUCAGCCGUUAAGAUUGUCGGUCGCUUGUUUCGGACAGCUAAAACUAUGAGGAACAAGGAAAACUCUCACCUUAAUAAUGAGUGGAAUCCAAAGAGCCAUCGAGUGCAGUAUGGCAAUCUGAUAGACGCUUCUGGAACGCUAGUGGAUGAGGUUUUGGUGUUGCCGAUGCUGGCACCAAGAUCGUACACCAGGGAGGAUGUUGUAGAGUUGCAGUGUCAUGGAGGGGACGUGUGCGUCCGCCGUGUGCUGCAGCUAUGCUUGGAGGCUGGUGCAAGACUGGCACAGCCUGGAGAGUUCACUUUGCGGGCAUUCUUGAAUGGUCGUCUGGACCUUGCACAAGCAGAAAGUGUCGCACAACUAGUGGCCGCCAAAACCUCCGUUGCAGCUCAAUCUGCCCUUGCUGGUAUUCAGGGAGGCCUCUCAGCCUUUGUGCAAUCUCUACGUAUGGAGUGCAUUGACUUGCUGGUUGAGAUGGAGGCUCGUUUGGACUUCGAUGACGAGAUGCCUAAUCUAGACAUAAACGCCCUAAUAACAAGGAUAGAAACUAUGUGUCAGCGCUUACAACAAGCAUUAGCUACUGCUGGUCGAGGUCGUUUGCUGCAGUCUGGAUUGCAGGUUGCUAUUGUUGGAAGACCUAAUGUUGGCAAGUCAAGUCUUCUGAAUGCCUGGAGCCAAAGUGAAAGGGCAAUAGUUACGGAUAUUCCUGGAACAACGCGGGAUAUUGUGGAAGCUCGGAUGGUUGUGGGGGGGAUUGCUGUAAAUUUGCUGGACACAGCUGGCAUUCGCGAUACUGCUGACUUAGUAGAGAAAAUUGGAGUAGAGAGGUCAGAAGCGGUGGCAAAAGCUGCGGAUGUCAUUGUCAUGGUUAUAAGUGCCAGUGAUGGGUGGACACCGGCAGAUGAAAUAAUUUUCCAACGCAUCUGGGGCACAGACGGAAUACUUCGACAAAGAAAGGAGCAAACUGGUGGUGUACUAGCGGGACCUAUGGCCCCUCCUUCACAACUUGCAACUGUUGUCGAUGAAUGUGAAGAUCAGCCGGGGUCUGGAAGUGUACAGACCCCUUCACUUCUGGUGGUUAACAAGGUGGAUAGAGCUGCAGCUGGGUCAGUGAUCUUGCCUCAAGAGGUUCAGAAUGCAUUUUUCAAAAGGGUGGCAACUUGUGCAACUCAAGGUGUUGGUUUACAAGAACUGGAUUUUGCAAUCCUAGACCUUGUUGGCCUGGGUCAUGUAUCGAGUGAGGGUCAGCAAUGGGCUGUGAAUCAGAGACAAGCCGAGCAGCUUGUGAGAGCACAGGAAGCACUUCGAAGAGUGGUGGAGUCUGUGCAACUGGAUAUCCCGCUUGACAUGUGGACCAUAGAUCUUAAAGAGGCUGCUAUUGCACUAGGUGAAAUCAGUGGGGAUGAUGUUUCUGAAGAAGUUUUGACAAAUAUUUUCAAUCGUUUUUGUAUUGGGAAAUGAUAACAUGGUUCAGAACCAAAAGUUUCAUUGAAUCUCAUAAUUUCCUGUAAGUAUUCAUAUAAUCUUGAUUUCAUCACAUUG